AUGCCGGAGGUAGCCGACGCCGGGUUGCCGAUGGAUCCUCCUCCCCCCGAGAAGGUAGCGGAUUCUCCGCCCCCGGAGAAGAAGACCUGGGACGUGGUCACGCCAAGAGCGGCUGGCACGUCCCGGGCCUCAACCUCGGUGAGGGAGAGAUCGCGGGCGAGGGAGAAGGAGAGGUCCUCUUCUAGGAAGAGGACCAAAACUGCUCAAACCCCCGCGAAAAACCCCUCUCCUCCGUCCCCCCACACCCCGCAGAAAACGGGGAAGUCCCCUCCGAGGAAGGAGGAGACCGUGGAGGGGAUGGUGGACAGGAAGAUUGGAGAGUCCUUCGAUCGGUACAAGAAGUGGACCGAUCGGAGGCUCCAAAGGGUGGAGAAUCUUCUCCAGACCCUGGUCGACGGCGGGGCCCGUAAUAGUGGCCCUGCGGCGAUCCCCUCCAACCCUCGAAAGGGAGGAGGGGGCGCCACGAGGGACCACCCGGUUCCCGGGGCCGACCAGAAGGUCGGAUCAGGGGGUAGGAUAGACCCCCCAGGGAAGGCUGCGAAUGUUGCGGGCGAGGGGGCCAAGAACAAGAAGAGGAAGAAGAAGAAGAAGGCCCCUCUCUCGCAGCAGACGCAGGAGAUGAAGGAGGCGGGCCCCCCCAAGAAGGGGAACGCCGGGCCCUCCCAGCCCGCCGCGGACGCGGAGUCGUACGCGGUGGUUCUUGGGAGAAGGAGCAGGGCCGCGGAAAAAAAGACGGCCAAGGGAGCCCCUAAGGCGGCUGCCCCCGGCUCUCCGGCGAAGGGACAAGCCGGCGGAGCGCCCAAAAGGGCCCCUAGGCAGAGGCUCCCGCGCACGUCGGUCGUGGUCCUCACGCGUCCCAACGGGGACUACCGUGAGGCCAUGGUCAGACUGCGGCGGGAGGUCAGCCUGAAGGAUCUUGGCAUCGAGGGCCGGGUCAACAUCAGAUCCGCGGCCACCGGUGCCAAGAUCAUAGAGGUGUCUGGGGGAGGGCCACGCCGAAAAGGCGGACGCCCUCGCGGGUCACAUCAGGCGGGUCUUCCUCGGGGAGGAAGGAACGCGGGCGGACCGCCCAAGGAGGAUACCCGAGGUGCGCCUGAGCGACCUCGACGACUCCUUGGGCAUCGAAGAGGUGAAGGGGUGGGUCGCGGAGGCCGGGCAUUGCGGCGCCUCCGACGUGCAGUGCGAAGCGCUGCAGCCGGCCGCCGGAGGCAGUCACGGCCUCUGGCUGCGCCUGCCCCUCACCGCGGCGAGGGAGCUGACCCGGGAAAGGAGGAUCCGGGUCGGCUGGGGGACGGCCCGCGUGGACCCUCUCGAGGCGCGCCCUAUGCGGUGCCAUAA